ACGCAAAAGCUGUGAAAACACUGCCCUGUGUAAGCCUUUUAAAGUGAAUAUAGCCACCGAUAAUUGCAUAUGUUCCGUAAAUGUUAAGAUUAAAUAUGUUGGUUGCUGGACACGCCCGGUGGCGCUAGGUCGGCAUGGAGUGUAGUUUGUAGCAGACGAGACGAACGUCGCCUGCUGGAUAAUCGAUACUGGACGACCGCGCAUUCGUUCAUCAUGGCUGUCCUACUCCACUUCCAAGUGGUUAACGUUAUUGUUGUUCGUUGCAUUGUACUAGCGCUUUCCGUUGGCCGCGCUUCGUCAGCGGAACAAAUCACAGUGUGCGAACCAUCACGCGUGACGGCGUGCGUGGAGGAUCUACGCAAGAUGUCCACUGACCCCAUGAAGGACCUUCAAGUGGCGGAGGACGCUGCUGGACUGGAGCAAAAGUGCAAGGAGAUGGAGGAGGCCCAGAAGUGUUUGGAGCGAGAGACGUCGUUCUGUGCGGACGAAAUACGUCGCAUCUACAUGAACUACCUGCGACCGGUGACUGCCGCCUUCCAGGACCUUUGCAGCAACAGCAACACCAGGGACGAGUACCUGAAGCACGCCCCCUGCUUCAGCCGCAUGGCUCGGCCCGACGGGCCGUGCCGCAGCAAGUACCAGAGGCUGAGCAAGCUCGUCACAUCCGACAUGGACCUGACCAACCAGGUCAACAACACCCUGCCCCGGUUCUGCUGCUACUUCUACGCCUUCUACAACUGCUACCGGGCCCAGACGGAGAAGCAUUGCGGCCCGGAGGCACACCGGCUGUUGGAACGCUACACGGGCUACCUGAGCAGCAGCCUGUUCACGGGAUCGUGCGAGAAGCACCUGAACCACACCGAGUGCGAUCCCGUCGCCUCCUCCACCACUACCGGCCAGGCAGCGGCCGUGGGGCCCUUGUACGGACUGCUGCCACUCCUGCUGCUGCUGCACCGGCUGACCUAGACGACUGGCCAGAGUGUUGUGGCAAGGAGGAUGUCCUUCUCAUCGGCGUUUUUGGUGAAGCACCCGAACCAUUCCCGUCCAACGCCUCGGUUAUCUUGGAGCAAUUGUUUCUAAUUCUGAAAGGAAAAUACGUUCUAUGCGAUGAUGACGUCUCGCAGAAAAUGGCGUCAGCAGUUUGCCUAAGAAUAGAAAUGAUUCAACAAAACGGCACAUAACAUGAUCGCGUGAGAUUGUAGCAUUAGCCGUUAGCUCGAUUGGUCUCGAUCGUCACAUGCAUGCGCAAGGCAACGGUGAAAAGCGAGUGUAAUCGGGCUGCGUUGCCUCGCUGCUGCAUAAAAAAAUCUCAUUGAAAUGCAAGCCUCGUAAGGAUAAGAGCUCAGAAAGACAGUUUUUCUAUUGUGGUAUGGCGUCAGCGUAGACGCUCAUUUCUGCAGCCCUCAAUGUCCAUAUUCGAGGGAAGUGGGCGUAAGCUAAUGAAAAAAUAAAAAAGCCGCCUUCCGAUAUGCACUGCAUGGCUCCGUGAUUGCCAAGUGCCUUCUUCCCACGCGUACCUUCAUAGAAAAAA